UGAAAAAGUGUUACGGAACAUUCUUCGCCUUGACUUUCGGGGGGACAGAGGAAAUUCGUGCUCAGCUAACGCUUUUGUUACACAUCGCUUCGCUCGGUGCAACAGUCGUUGUUACUAAGCCAGUGAUAACUACCUUGAUAUCCUUUAUCAUGGCGUUAUUUUCGCAUACAAGUUUUGGCUAUAUGGAAUGCCCGUCCGAUUGCGUAGAGUGAGGCGUAUCUCUAUCCUCUGGUUUUCGUUAUUGACCGUGCUUUAAUUGUCGUCUGUUGGCUCGUUGAGUUGUGCUGUCAACAUGGAGCCUUGCGAGGCAGGACCAAGUGCGUCGAAUAACAAACCUCCGUCAGACACCCAGGGUGCCAAAAAGCGUAAACGAAAAGCUGAGGCAGGCCACAAUGAAGCCGAUCUGUUGGUGGAUACGAAACCGCCUGUCGAUCCGGAACUGCAGGAACUUAUCGAUGUGGCGUGUAAGUGUGCGAAAAAACUGGAAAAACGCAUGCAUUCUACAGAAGAAGAAGAGGGACGAGAGAAGUUUCUGGAUGCCAUUAAGGCCAUAUCGCAACACGGCCACAAAAACGAACGAUGCAGGCCAGCCGAUGUCUGCCAUCCAGAAAUGCUGGAAUUGCCAAAUUAUUAUAAUCCAUGGGAGAAUCCCGUGUCUCCUGCCCGUGACGUCGACGGGAACCUGCUUGCGGAAUCUCAGUAUGUGAAGCGAUCCUAUCUGAUUGGCAAAACAGUGGAUUCAGAAUGCGGGCCAGCCCGUGAAUUGCCGUUGAUUGAAAAGCUGCCUGGAUAUUUCGCCUGGUCUUCCUUGCCGCGGAAUGAGGUUGUUGAAGACGAGAAAGUGUUCGCUUGUCCUGCUGUAGAUCAGCUGGAUAGUAAGUUUAUAAAAGAGUACGAAAAACAGUACGUGAAAACGGCUCAAACUGUGGAAUGUCGCCGCACGAGAAAUCUGUUUUUGAGUGACAAAUGGAUCAAGGAAAUCGUGGAAUCAGUGAAUGAACAUACACUGAAGGAACCUAGCACGUCUUCAAAUGGACCUCAACAACAGAACAUUCCGGAAAAAGUCUUUCAUGCCAUAAGUGAAGCGUUCGGGGGUACGGAAACACCUGUUGGUGUCAUGCAUCGGUAUUAUCGCUCCUUGGGCCAACCGCGACACACAUACCUGCACAAUCUGGGUGCGGAGACCGGCAAGCCCCCCACAGUCUCCCGCUUUAUUGACUCCAUCAAUCGAAUCCUUUGUACGCGCUGUUUCCGGUAUGACUGCUUGGAGCAUCCAUAUAAAAGUAGUCGUAAUGCGGAAGUGUAUCCGCUGGUUCCCCCCAGUUUGGCUAGCAAUCCCUGUGGUGACCAUUGUCACCAGAAUAAGCCAACGAAAACCGCAAUUCCGCUGUCCGAUUGUGCGCCGCUGACAUUAGCCGACAAGGCUAUUCUAAAGACUUUUAUGACGGAGGGCGAUGAACAAAGCUAUAGUUACUGUGAUUUGGCCGUUGUUGUCGAUCGACCGUGUCAGUUCACGCACGACGCCAUCCGGGAAUUGCUAAUGUCACCUGACGAGGCGGAAUAUGACGAGACUAAUGGAAUUCAAAGACGCGCUCGUGCAAGACAAAAGGCCGCUCGACGCUUCGCCAGCGCGCCAGCCGGUCGCCGAAUGCGCCAGGAUUUGAUGAAGGAGGGCCACGUGCGCCAUUUCCAGUAUAUUCCCUGUAACCACGGGGCGAAUGUUAGCUGUGAUGAUGAAGAAAUUUGCACAUGUGUCGAUCGGCGCACCUACUGCGAACGGUAUUGUGAUUGCCCGUCGAAUUGCGCCAAUCGUUUUCCGGGCUGCAACUGUGUGGGAGAUUGCAGAAAUAACCGCUGUCCGUGUUAUGUGGCCCGCCGCGAAUGUGACCCGGAACUAUGUCGUUGUCAGGCCAAACUGGCCAAAGGCGGAUGUUGUAAGAAUACCGCCAUUUUGUUUAAUUCGAAGAAAAGGGUUAAAUGCGGCCCGUCAGAUAUCCACGGAUGGGGAGCUUUUAUCAUGGAAGAUGCCAAAACCGGGGAAUUUAUCAUGGAGUACACAGGGGAAGUGAUCAGUCAAGAGGAAGCAGAGCGCCGUGGGAAACUUUACGAUCAAAUUAAAGUGAGCUACCUGUUUGAUUUGAAUGUGGAGUGUGUGGUGGAUGCGGCGCGGAAGGGAAAUAAAAUUCGUUAUGCCAAUCAUUCGAAGCUUAGUCCCAAUUGCUAUCCGGAGAUAUUUCGCGUGCAGGGAGAAAAUCGGAUCGGAAUUUUUGCGAGAAGGGAUUUGCUAGCCGGGGAAGAGUUGUUUUUUGACUACAGCUAUAGUGCGGAAUCGUUGAAGUUUGUCCAAAUUGAGCCAGCGAAAGCGAAAGCCGCUCAAAAUGGAAACCAAGACUUCCGAAUUGCUUGCAUCGUACAAAACAUGGAAACGCGCCAGAUGCGGACACCCCGGCCAAAAAAAGGAGGAAAAAGCGGUAAUAAAGUAAGUAAACAAAAUAUACAGUUCCGCGAGAUGCCAGUAAAGGUGCGUUUGCUGAAAGCAACGAUGGCUUGCGAGAACAGUGACGAUGAAGAGGAAAACAAUAAAGAGCUGCAGAGCAUUAUGAAAGGGUUUGACUUAAUUGAGCCGUCGGUGUUGCGACCGGUGGUUGUGGGCGAGGAUGCUGAAGGAAAAGCGUUGGGCGCCGAUGCCGUUAAAGCUGCUUAUCGAAUGAAGUAUCCUUCUUAUGAGGACUGUCUGAAGGAUCCCUCACAGUUUAGUUCGCGAAUGGCCUUUCUGAGCUCCUUGGCUCAGCGCGCCGAGCAGGCCGUGUGCGGCACGGUGCCGGGUGUGAUUUUGGAUUCACCGGAAAUGUCUUCCCAUGAACCAAGCUUGACUGGUUCAGGAUCCGGAAGUUUGAAGAAGGAGUUGGGAGCGCGAAAGUAACGUUGUUUUUUUUGUCGCUUGUUUUUAGUAUUUGUUUGUGUACCUAAAUGAGCGAGUUAGUUGUUUUUUUAUUUAUUAAGUUCAGGGAAAGUUUGGUUGGCUUAGUAGCAAGGAAUGGUGUGACAGAAAUUCUAAUAUUCUGGACGGAUUUGUAAAUUUUUAUCUGUUUACUUUGGACUUUGCUUGUGGAUUUUUGCGGUUUUGUGAGCGUUUUGUGAGUACCUUAAUUACCAAUACAGCAUCACCGUAUAAAUUACCGUCAGGCGUCAGUUGACAUUCGGUUUCAUUUA